UUGCUACAAGUUCAACCCAGUGGCUCUGUCGCUGCAGCGUGAGAAACAGCCUUGAGACACGGCCCGUUGCGGAACAACACACAGGACACAAACUCACUUUCUCUGAUUCUGGGCGUAUAUUUCAGAGAAAGUAAUCUGUUUUCCGUCCAUCUUUAUUAUUUUGAAUGAAAAAGAAAACGUUUAUUUGCGCGAUAUAUAAAGCUGGUAAUAAUAGAGCAUUGCGGUGGGGUUAAAAAGGCAGGCGACAGGCGCUUCACAGAGUGAUUUGUUCCUUGGCUCAGGCGUUAUAUAUGGAGAGAGGGAGUGCACAUUUCAGAGAUCGCUUUCUGAUAGCGAGUGUGGAUUGAAUGGAACUGCGGAAUUGAGACGGAAGGCAUUAUUCUUGAUUCUAGAUUAAGAAUGAUACACAAAUCCAACGGGAAAAAUACCACAACAUUUUUUAAAAUCUCUAAUUGAAAGGGGUUGAUUUAUAACGCAUGUGGAUGACAUAGCCUACCUAAACGGUGCAUUAGUAUACAUAUCAAAUUGGUUAAAUUGGCUAGUCUUAGUCUUACAGUUUAUUGUAACAUCGAAAGAAAUUGGAGAAUUAAUCUUGGCACGAUUAAAAUAAAUCAAAUGUAUUAGGUCAAAUAAUGGGAAUUUAGCACCACUCUAACCAGUCUUAGUACUUUACACGAUUAGGCAUUUAUUUUUCCUCUAUUGGAAACUAAUUUAAAUAUUUUGAAUUUUGAAGAAAUGGCAAUCAACACAGACACUGAAUUCGAGAAAUCUAAUCUGGGAAAGAGCGGCGGCGCGCCCGCCAACGAGUCUCAGGAGACUGAGAAACUUCUCAACCUCGUAACUACGGAGCCUGCUGGCGGCAACGGUAUGAAAAUGUCCUCCUCCUUUACCAUCAACGUGGGGAGCGAAAAUAACCUGGAUGCGGACCAGAACGGUCACAGUGUACCCUUUAGGUCGGGCUCUGCGGGGCACCUUACCGCUGCCCCACCCUCCCCGUCCCGGGUCAGUUUGAGUCGCAGUCGCACCUCUUCCAUCGGGAACGCCGCGGUCCAAGAGGCGCAAAAGCCCAAAGACUAUCUCAUACUGGUCAUAUUGUCUUGUUUCUGCCCUUUCUGGCCCGUCAGCAUUGUUGCUUUGGCAUAUUCAAUUAUGUCCAGAAACAGCCUGCAGUCGGGUGACAUGGACGGAGCAAAGAGACUGGGUAAACUGGCUCGCCUCCUCAGUGUCGUUUCCAUAAUCCUGGGUAUACUCACCAUAGUCGUCUGUGUAACGGUCUCUGUAACCAAGUGACCAGUGUAUAGACCAUGAAACAAGAGCACUGCUGCAAGCCAAGCAGAGGAUGCUGCAUGGGAAAAAAAUCUAUUCCGUUCCGAUUCGGAGAUUAAAAAUAAGGCAAACAAUUAAGAAGUUUAAAGAGUAGGAAAUACAGUAGCAAAUGAAUGCAACACAAAAUAUCCAGAUAUGCAUGCAUUAGAUUCCACUAACAUUUGCUUGACGAAAAAUAAAAUCCUUCAUAUAAAAAGUGUAUUUUAAAAGAAAGUUGGACGGUUGACUUAUGGUUUGAGGAACUCGCUACUCUCUGUGGAGUAAAAAAAAUACUCUUAAAUUUAAGGAGAGAGGGAUGAACAGAGGAAUGACGUGAUAAACUUUUCUGUAUCAAGAAUGGAAGGAGACCUUGAAAAUGAACUCCAAGCUUUGGACUACAAACGUCAAGACAGUUGAAUAAUCAUCUGAAAAUAUACUUGGUUGACCUGACCUCCUGGAUUGAAAGCAUAUACAACUAUAGAGAUAUAAAUAUAUAUAGAUGAAUAUAUCCAUUUACACAACUUGUAUAAAAUGUAUGUUGGGCUGAGCUGCGAUGAUUGAGAGACUGUUAAGUUAAGAUGGCUGCCUCCUGGUAUAGGUUGGCGAAGGAUGUAAUAUUUGACCAAGGAACACAAUUCAGAGAUGUUUUUGAAUUUAUGUUGUUUAUUUUGUAGAUUUUUUACAACAAAAAAGAGACCACUUGACUGUAGAUAGCCAACCUUUUUCAUUUUGUUUGUGAAUUCAUAUUUGUUUGUCUUGUGUUUUUACUUUGGGAUCAAACAUGCCAGGUGCUUAGAGACUUAAGUGAGUUGUACAUAAUUAGUGUUUCAGCCCUGUGUGGGUUGACUGUGGACUCCACAGAAACAGAAUUACACCCCCCCCCCCUUUCCCCUGCCUUGCUGUGGGAGGGGUCUGACUAUAUCAAUGUGCAUGCCUACCCUCCCCAUCCCUCCAACCCCUCUCCAAACAUCCAUGCCAGAGCAUGGGCAUACGUCUGAGGAUAUGCAAUUUGUCAGAACAAUCAAUCACUCUCCCCUUACCCACGGACCCCCUAGCUCCACUCCAAAAUACAACCCACCCUACUCCAGUACCUUGUUUCAUUACCUGGGACUGUUAACAUAGCUUGUUUGACUGAAUGCAUUUUGUAGUACGACAGAGACCAACAUAAAUCCUUAACCUAUUGCCACCCUGCUGUAUCAGUAUGACGUGUAUUUAUAUGAAGAAUAUAUAUAUAUAAAUAUAUAUAUAUGUGCAAUAUUAUAUAGGCAUGCUUAGGACUAAACAGUACCCAGGUUUUUGGAUGCCACUGUAAGGACCUGCUGUAAUGUUAAAGGAACAUUGUUUUGAGGUUUGAUUGAUUAGCAGCAGUUCUCUCUGCACAUGUACUGUAACACACCAAUCUGUCUGUAUUCAAAUGUGCCACUAUGCCAUCUGGAAUAAGUCAGUGUUCAGAUUCCACUACGGUAACACAACAAAGGACUGUUACAUUGACACACUUCAGAUGUUUACUACAAGGUCAUAACACCUCUUAUAAAACCUUCAUAACACCUCUUAUAAAACCUUCAUAACACCUCUUAUAAAACCUUCAUAACACCUCUUAUAAAACCUUCAUAACACCUCUUAUAAAACCUUCAUAACACCCUUGUUUGGACUUAUAUUCAUGUUUUUAUUACUACUCAUAACAUUCUCCUGAACUCCAAUUAGAUUUCAAUACUUUAAGUUGGCCAAUGGUUCUUGAUUCCACUGCUUGUAUUAUCAAGAGCUUAUGUAGGUGUUAGCUGCACAAAUGAGACCAAAGAGAGAAUUAUAUGAUAAUGAUUUGAUUGCAUUUAUUUGGCCUGAAUUUAAAAUCUUCAAAGAGAUCUAAAAUGAUUGAUAAAGAACCUGUAAUUGGUGAAAUAGGUCAUCAUAACAUUUGAGAUCUCCUUUAGAGGAUUCAAACUAUGAACACAUAUUGCUACUGUAGCCACAGCGUGCUUCACUAGACAGAUGGGCUGAAGAUCCCUGUCUAAAGAGCUCUAAUGCUCGUCUUUGGGCAACAGGCACACCUCAGUCUGGAAACUUCUCACACACUCCUAAAGUGCUUUUAGAAACCUGACUUUGGGGAGAAAGUAGAUGGCUGCUCUAUGUCAUACAGUAAGAGCAAAUGGCAGAGAGAGAGAGCGAGAGAGACCCCAAUCCAGCAGGGGAAAUUCAGUGACUCAGUCUGCCAUCAAAGACACAAAAUUCAACUUAAGACACAUUUUUAUGGUAAUUUGUCUAUCACAUGAAAUAGUUCCCACUCACCUUCCGCACUGUUCUAUCACAUUCUCUGACCGUCUGUCUGCUGCGAGAUGCAUACGUGCUGUUCUGUGUCAGUAAAACAGUGACUUUCAAAAUCAUGUCUAUUUUUUUUAUGUCCAGAUUUUUUCCCCUUUUGGAUAGCAUAUGUAUAUGCUGGUUUCCAUCUCUAUUGUGAACUUUCUGCACGUCUGGAAUAAACGUUACCAUGCAUGGUCUACGAUGA